GUUUUUUUCUCUCUCUUUUCCUUCUUAAUUGUCUAGCUACACCAAACACCAUGCGCCAUUUUAUCCUCGUUUUAUUUGCUUUGAUCUGCUUGACCCAAUUUACUUUGGCAGCUAAGGGUGGUGGAGACAGCGGUAGCAGUGAUAGCAGCAGUGGUAGUAGCAGCGGUAGCACCGGCGGUGGAAGCAGCAGUAGCGGUGGCGGUGGAAGCUCUAGCCAAAAUGCAACAGAAGAGUCCGCGGCAACAGUCAUGUAUGCUGUUCCCAACACACAGACUUACUUGAACCUGCAAAACGUUCUUAUGGCCGCUGGUGUGAUGGCACUUGCCCAACAUCAUUUCACUGGAAAUUAAAUCUUAUUUCAGCCUUUUUACCGUACUAUCUAUCACCGUAUAGUUAGCAAAUAAGAUAAAGUGAAUUUUUACUACUACAAUAAUUAAAUACUUUUACAAUUGAUUUUUAAGAAAAAAGAUUGACAAUCA